CACACGCCACGCAUAAAUAUCGCGCGUGCCAAUGCGUUCCGCCCGCCCUCCUAUGAAGCUCGAGCUGCUCUAUCCCUCGUCCCAACAAGAACUGAAGCCUAGAACGAUUUCAGCUCGGGACCCACCCUGCACCCUCUGAUGGCAAUAUGGCGACAGAGUUCCACAACCUCCAGGAUCUGAGACACACUGCUUCUCUGGUAAACAAGGUGUUCAUCCAGAGAGACUACAGUGAAGGGACUACCUGCAGGUUCCAGACCAAGUUCCCCUCAGAGCUAGACAGUAGGAUUGAGCGGAAGCUGUUUGCAGACACCGUGAGCACGCUGAACCGGUACUACGCUGAGGCAGAGAGCAUGGGGGGGCAGUCCUACCUGGAGGGCUGCCUGGCCUGUGUCACCGCCUACGUCAUCUUCCUCUGCAUGGAGACCCGCUACGAGAAGGUACACACACACAUCUCU